AGGAAGUUAUGGGCGGCCAGAAUAAAUGACCUCUUCUGUCCAGAUUUUGAGACUUGGGGGGUGAGAAGGGAAGAGUCGGAUCUCACUGAUUGGGAAGCUCAAGAAAUGGCUGAUCUGGAGAGUUGUGGAAUAAGGGGUUGGAUGGGGUUAGCUAAUCCUCGGGCAGAAGUCCUUAACGAAGGUUGCAAAGGGCGCAACUAA